AAAGGCCUCCGUCCUAGCCAAUGGGAAGAGCGCGUCGUACGUACAGCUGCCCAAUGGGGGCGCGAGCGGUGCGGUAUUUGAAUCCUGGAUCAAGGAUACAACGCGAAAAUCUCCAGCGGUGAGGGUCGGGAGCGUAGCCCUAACGGCGCCGCGGAAGUCUGUGCCCUGCCUCCCCAGUCCGCGUCCUGCCCUGGGCCGGGCUGGCGCUCUCGCCUGCCCCAAUCCUCAUGGCGCUGCUCCGACGCCCGGCGGUGCCCACUGAUUUGGAGAAUAUUUACACAGGAGUGAAUUCAAAAGUGAAGAGUCAUGUGACUAUCAGACGGGCAGUUUUAGAAGAAAUUGGAAAUCGAGUCACAACCAGAGCCGCACCAGGAGCUAAGAAAGCUCAGAACACCAAAGUACCUGCGCAGCCCACCAAAACAAAUGAGAACAAACCGCUGAAACCUACCACUUCUGUGAAACCAGUACAGGGGGAAAUGUUGGCUCCAAAGGGUCCUUCUCCGACACCUGAGGAUAUCUCCAUGAAAGAAGGGGAUCUCUGCCAAGCUUUCUCUGAUGCCUUGCUCUGCAAAAUCGAGGAUAUUGAUCAUGAAGAUUGGGAGAACCCUCAGCUCUGCAGUGACUACGUUAAGGACAUCUACCAGUACCUGAGGCAGCUGGAGGUUCUGCAAUCCAUCAAUCCACAUUUCUUAGAUGGAAGAGAGGUCAAUGGCCGUAUGCGUGCCAUCCUGGUGGAUUGGCUGGUGCAAGUCCACUCCAAGUUUAGGCUGCUGCAGGAAACGCUGUACAUGUGCAUUGCCAUCAUGGAUCGGUUUUUGCAGGUUCAGCCAGUCUCUCGGAAGAAGCUUCAGCUGGUUGGGAUUACGGCUCUGCUCUUGGCUUCCAAAUAUGAAGAGAUGUUUUCUCCAAAUAUUGAAGACUUUGUUUACAUCACAGACAAUGCUUAUACCAGUUCCCAAAUCCGAGAAAUGGAAACUCUGAUUUUGAAAGAACUGAAAUUUGAGUUGGGUCGACCCCUGCCACUACAUUUCUUAAGGCGGGCAUCAAAAGCUGGGGAGGUUGAUGUGGAACAGCACACUUUAGCCAAAUAUUUGAUGGAGCUGACUCUCAUUGACUAUGACAUGGUGCAUUAUCACCCUUCUCAGGUGGCAGCGGCUGCUUCCUGCCUGUCCCAGAAGGUUCUAGGCCAUGGAAAAUGGAACCUAAAGCAGCGGUAUUAUACUGGGUACGCAGAGAAUGAAGUAUUGGAAGUCAUGCAGCAUAUGGCCAAAAACGUAGUGAAAGUAAAUGAAAACUUAACAAAAUUCAUCGCCAUCAAGAAUAAGUACGCAAGCAGUAAGCUCCUGAAGAUCAGCACAAUUCCGCAGCUCAACUCAAAAGUCAUCCGGGAGCUUGCCUCCCCUCCGACGGGACGGGCCUAGGCUGCCGUGGCCUUCAGGGAAGAGGGCUUCCUCUGUGCACCUGGCCUUGCUCAGGUGGAAUUCUUGACUUUGUAUAUAGUCCUCUGGUCUAUUUCAUGAAACCUUCUCUUAGACCUAUUUUCUAAAUGUAUAUUGAGGAAAAAUAAAGCUAAUGAUUUUUCUUAAGGUA